AUUCUGUUUUUAGGUUAAUUUACUUGAUAGUAUAGUUAUUUGAUAUUUGUGAUUUUAGAAGAGCAAUUGUGAGAUCGCAUUAACAAUGACAUCGCUUUUAAAGACAAUUAAUGGGUUUCAACUUUUUCACAAAUGCUUGAAACAAAGUAUCAAUGUAUCUGUUCCAAAACGAGAAAAAUAUAUACCUAAACCUAGAUAUCGUCAUCCAGAGUGGCUUCCAAAACAAGAACGUGUUUUGUAUAAUGAACAGCUAACAAAAGAUAAUAAGCAGUUUCUUGAUGAAGUGGUUCAAGACAAAUAUGGUCCAUCCACUAUCGGAUUUGAAACUAAACUUUCUCCUUUGAAAAUAGAUCUAAUUGAGCCUACUAUAGAGUGGAAGCAAGGUAUGAAACGUACUGGUUUAAUUGCUAAGAAAAUAGGAGUGUAUCCAUUAUGGUUAAAAAAUGGAAAAAGGAUCAGCUCGACAUUACUUCAGGUUGUUGAUAAUGAAGUAGUAAAAUACAUGCCACCAGAGCAAUUUUUUCCAGUAAAAAGUAAAAAACCUGCAAUACAAAUAAAAAACAGACGCGGAUGUCUUGUAGUAGGAGCCGAAAAUAUAAAUCCACAAUUGAUUGCUAAAGAAUAUUACCAUAUUUUUAAUGAUACUGGAGUUAUGCCAAAACGUGUAUUAAGAAGAUUUAUAGUAUCUCCAGAAGCAGCGUUGCAACCAGGAACUCCUUUAUUUGCUACACAUUUUAAACCAGGAGAAAUUGUCGAUAUCCGCGGAAAAACGAUUGACCGUGGGUUCCAAGGUGUCAUGAAACGAUGGGGCUUUAAAGGGAUGCCUGCCAGUCAUGGCGUAACCAAAACUCACAGAAGACCUGGAAACAUCGGGUCAGGUGGCGGGAAAAGCAGAGUCAUGCCUGGCACUAAAAUGCCUGGACACAUGGGUAAUAGAUGGCGUAUCAUUAGAGGUGUUCGGAUUUUACGAAUAAAUACCAAGUAUAACGUGAUUUGGGUUCUGGGACACAAUAUACCUGGCGAAAUUAAUACUUAUUGUUAUAUAUAUGAUACAUUGCUUCCUCUGAGGCAACCUACAACAGCGCCACAUUUCCCUACGUAUUUACCAAGUAUCACAGAGGAGUCGCUUCCAGAGGAACUGUAUGCAGAUAACAUACAUUCAUUUGCAGAUCCCACAAUAGAAUUUAAAGAAGAAUCUUAAUUGUAUACAUCUGUAUGACAUUAAAUUAAAAAAUGUAUAAUUGCAGAAUCAUUUACAGAGUUUACAUGCUUUUUCCAAACAAUAGUUAUAUAGUAACUAAGAAUUAGUAUAGAGACACAUUUGACUUCCAACUUCAUGCUAAUAAAUCAAAAUAAAAUCAUCGAAUGAUGGUUGAAGUUGUAUCGAAUUUCCGUUGAAAUUUUAUUAGUUGCCUGCUCCUUACAGAAAUAUUCAUACUUAUCAAUUAUGCUAGCAAAGAGUAGUCAAUUGAUUCAUUUAUUUAGUAAUCAAUAUCAUUAUAAAUUUAACAUGCCUAAAAUAUACACGAAUUAUUUUAUAAAAGUAAUAUCGCUAACCAAGACUCGUCCUGAGUUAGAGUGGAGAGCAGCAUGAUCAAGCACGAUAGAUCCUUUUUUUCCAUUAACUUAACAUCUUAUUGUGAAGUUAUUCGACUUCUAGAAUAAUUUACUCACAUACGUUAUGUAAUUAGCUGCGCUCAGCUAAAGACUGCU